AAUUGUAUUACAAGGCAAGGAAUAUAUACCUGCUUUAUACACUUAAACUUCGCUUUUUGCUUGUUUUUUAUGCUGCAUAGAUAAUACAUAAACACGGGUACAAAAGCAGUUAAUAGAAAUAAAUGGAUGUGUUGUCAUAAAGUGUUAAAUUAUAUUCACAGUUAAAAAUUUAUUGUUAAAACGAGGCUUAAGGGAUAUGCCUCCGGUAAAAGAUGAAUCUAUAAGAGAAGCCAAUUGUUUGGAAAUAAUAAACAUCGUGGAGAAAAGCCCUGGAAAAAGUAGUGCUCUGGUCGAUGUGAGAGCAUGUAAUAAACCUGCUACUAAGGUAUGGUUCCGAGGCGUGAGAAGUUCAAAAUUCCGCCAUGUGUACGGCGUACCAUUCAAAAAGGAACGUUGUUAUGAUAACAUAAAGAUCACUAGGAAUGCUCACGACUCGAACUUCUGUGCUGUGAAUCCAAAAUUCGUGGCCAUCGUCACUGAGGUAGCUGGUGGAGGCGCCUUUCUUGUUUUACCAUUGGAUCAUACUGGCCGGUUGGACUUCAACGCUAGCCGUGUGACGGGCCACAAAGGCCCAGUGCUGGACAUAAAAUGGAACCCCUUCAACGACAACAUUAUAGCGUCAUGUUCCGAUGACUGCACGGUGAAACUAUGGCACAUCCCUGACGGCGGGCUCUCGAUGCACCUGACCGACUGGCUGGUGGAAUUACAAGGCCACAAGCGUAGAGUCGCCUACAUAGAAUGGCAUCCGGUUGCCGAAAACAUUCUUUUCAGUGCUGGCUUCGACUACUUGAUUUUCGUAUGGGAUGUUGGCAAAGGUGAAGCGAUGCAAGUAAUAGAUUGUCAUACAGACGUGAUUUAUUGUAUGUCUUUCAAUCGCGAUGGAUCUCUACUUGCCACUACAAGCAAAGACAAAAAAUUGCGCAUCAUAGAGCCUAGAAGAGGCAUUGUUCUCUCUGAAGCUCCGUGCCAUCUCGGUACAAAGGCAUCCAAAUGUACAUUCCUGGGCAGUCGCGGCAAGGUGUUGACGACUGGUUUCUCUCGGUACAGCGACCGUCAGUAUGCCGUGUGGGAUCAACACGAACUUGAUAAGCCGCUCGUCUGCGAAACCAUUGACAGCUCAUCGGGUGUAGUGUUCCCGUACUUCGAUUACGACACUAAUAUGGUCUAUCUUGCGGGGAAAGGUGACGGUAACAUUAGAUACUACGAAGUAGUGGACGAACCACCAUAUGUGCAUUUCCUCAAUCAGUUCCUAUCUGGAAAUCCACAGCGAGGUCUCGGCUUCAUGGCCAAACGUGGUCUUAACACUGCUGCAUGUGAAGUAUUCCGUUUCUAUAAACUGCACACCUCCCGUGGCCUAUGUGAACCCAUCUCCAUGAUAGUGCCACGUAAAUCCGAUUGCUUCCAGGAAGACUUAUAUCCCGACACUGCGGCACCUCUGCCCGCGUUAUCUGCUAAAGAUUGGCUCAACGGAAUGAACGCGCAACCUUUAUUGAUCAGCAUGAGGACAGGUGUGACUAUAUCAACCCACAAGCCGCGCACUAGCAACAAAGACGCGCCCGCGUUGCAACCGCAAGAUGCCAAUAACAGGAAGAAAUUCGCGUUUUUAUCGAGGGAGACCACGCCGGACUAUCGCCCGCUCGGCACCUGGCAACCGGACUCGCAGGAAGAAGCGCCUAUGGUGCAAGUCACAGAGAAAUGCCAGAAAACAAACGCAAAUCAAAACACAAAAUUCCAUCAACUCCAACGAAUGUUCGGGAAACAGGCGGGCGGUCCAGAACCAGUGCCGCUAUACAAGCAAAUCAACCAAGGCGACGUUUUCAGCACCGAACAUGAGUUGCGGCUCGCGUUUAACCGGCAAGGUGAGGAGCUGAGAAUUGUAAAGAGGCAGCUGCAGAACAGUCAGCAGCGAGUACGGGAACUGGAACAGCACGUGGCCGCGCUGCAAGCUCUCAUACAGCGCGACGCGGACGCUGCGUAGUUACCGAAUGAAAAAUGCAGUGUCAUCAAAGAUAAGAAGACCGGAAAUUGUUAGUGCGUUGCUUUAACGCUUAUAUUGCCUUUUCAUGUUGCCUAAUUGAUAUCGGCGCAGUGUCUAAAUAAGCUUGAAUAUCAAUGUGAAAAAAAGUUACUACCUUUUGAAAUGGGGGGUAUUUAAUUCUUUGUCAAGAUUAUAGAAGUUAUAAAAUAGUGCUUCAGUUCGCAAAUUGUUUUCAAUUAAUGGUUUUGCAAAUGAUGGCUUAUAUUUACUAAAUACCUUUGGCUAUAAACAAAUUUAAGAUUUUUACAUUAUCGUAUGAAUCUCGCUAAGAUUUUGUAACAAAUAUAAGUAAAAAAUGUAAUACGCCAUAAAACUUAAAAGCGAUUUGCCUAAAGUAGCAAAUCUGUGAUUUCAAGGUUCGCGAGUCUCCUAUUUUAUAAUUAGCUAUUGAUAUAGUUAUUUUUACAUAUUGACCUGCUCAUGUUGUGUAUGCUUAAUAAUGAAAUGGGACUUUACCAUAAACUAUUUAGAGGCUAUAAUCGUAAAUGGCAGCUUAAGGACACUUAGAUAUGUCACAACUAUGUGAUUUUGCUCAUUGAUCAGUCAUUGUAGCUGAAAAUCCUUUUAAUUAUAUAACACAUAAUGUAGGCUAUUCUUAUGAUUUCACAAACUUUCAGUAUUAACGUAUAUGUAUGGGAACAAAGUAAUAUAUCAUUCCAAAAUUAUUAAAUUUAUUAUUGAAAUGAAAAGGACAAAUCGACAUAAGCACAUGUGAUGCCAAACUAUAUUUUAAUUAUUGACAAUAUUAAUGUUUUAUUGCGUUAAGAUAAUAUUGGCUUAUGUUUACGGCCUAGCUAUCGGUGGCCUGUUCUGAUUCUUGUGAUAUACCCAUGACAUGAUAAGUCGAUGACGCUAAUUAAUUUGUGUUUACAUAAAUAAUUUUCAGUGAUAUAAAUGGUCGCAAUUUUUAAUAAUCUAUGUGUGCAAUCAAGAAGGAUUGUUUUUGUGAUGUCACCUUUUUAUAGAAAGCACGUUUUAUUCUUAAUUUUAUGGAUUAGUUACUUGUUAGUGUUUUUUAUUGAUUUUACAAUUUUUGUAAACAUGUGUUACCUGUUUUUUUAUAUUAUAUAUUUUUUGGAAUAAUGGCGUAUUGUUUUGUAUGCGAUUUACAUUGUUUACUUUGUAAUUUGUACCUACUGGCAUUUACUUUCCUGGUGAAUAUUAAAUGUAGCAUAAUAUAAGAGUGUUGUAGAAAAAUGUACAAAAAAGUUACCUGAACUUUUUACGUACAUAGAUUAGAACUAAGAUUUUGAAGCAAGCACCUUAUGAUGCCGUGUUGGUGUAGCCUUUUAGUAGUGCUGCUGCUAUAAGAAUAAAUAAGUUUAGACAUUACAGUCAAAUGAUGCGUAAUUUUUGCAAUGUUGAAAUGUAAAAUUUCAUAUAAAAUUUUAUAAUAUAGAAUUCCAUAAUCUAUUGAUUCCAAUAUUAUCGAUUUAUAAUAUUAACAUUCCAUGUUUCGUCUAUAUUUUAGCUUGAUAAGUGAAAAUUAAAGUAUUAUUGUGCGUAAGCUGAAAUCAUAGCUUCAAUGUAUGGUUUUUAAAGUUAUCGAGAAACAAACUGCUAAAGUGUAAUGAUACAACAUUAAGCUAAUUUGGGAGUGCUUUUCGCAUGUACUCUACUAAUUUCUUCUUUGUAAGAUUUAGAUUUAAAAUAAAUAAGUUUUUAUAUCUGUCAAUACACGGUGGGCAUCAUAGUAUGUCAAUUUUAAUAAUUCAAUCAGUUAUUACAGUUGAUUUUAAAUUAUUAUAGAAACCAUACAUUAGGUCUGUCAGUGUUAUUGUCAUAUUUAUUAUGUAUUUUUGUAUCAUGCUUCUGUAGCACAAAUUUUCAAUAAAUGUUUG